AUGGAUGCUUUAAGUAAAAAUGAAUGGGAUGAUAUUUUUAAAAUUUUGUCUAUAAAUGACAUAUAUAAGAAAUUUGAUGAUAAAGUGGAUAUUCAUAAAUACAACGAUAAUUGUGAAUCUGUAACUAACAAAAAUGGAGAUAUUAAAGAACUUUGCAAGCUAUUUUUAAAAAAUAUAAAUAAUUUAAGUAGUAUUGGGAAUGGAAUUAAAAAAGACAAAUUCGAGGAAUCAUAUUUAGCUUACUGGUUAAUUGAUGAAUUAAGUAAACAUUUUACUAAUAAUAAGGAUGAUGACACUAGAAAUAUUAUUGUUAAAAUUAUAAGUUUAGGAAAUAAUGAAUAUAAAAAUUUGAAUAAAAAACAUUUUUUCUUUAAUUCUGAUUUUGAUUUUGACUGGUCUAAAGAGGAAAAACAUUUAAAUGAAUAUUUUAAAAAUUUUGAUAAAAUUUUGAAGUGCGCGGAGGAUAAAUAUGAUACUUGUGUUAAAUAUCUUAAUUAUAUUAGUACGAUAUAUGAAAAACAUAGGAAUUAUUGUAUGUGGGGAGACUGUCAUUACUUCAGUUAUAACCCCAAACGUAAUCCUAAUUAUAUUUUAUCUACGUUAAACCAUAAUUAUAAAAAAUCUGGAGAAGUGGAAAACAAAGAAGUUCAGAAUGAAGAGAGUGGAAUAUCCAUAAAUUCAAAUACUCGUGAACAAAAAAUGGACAUGCUAAUUAAAUAUUUGAGUUGUACUGAAGUCUAUGAUCAGAAUGGUGAUAUUUUUGCUUAUAAAUGUGAAGAUCCAGCUUAUCGUCGACACAAUGAAAAGGUUUAUAAUAGGAGAAGUAUUAAAAAAAAAAUUGUAUCUAAAGAGCCCAUAAAUAAUAUUCUUACAUCUGAUGCUAUUAAGGAAAUUAAGGAUUUAAACUGUAACAUGGUUCAGAAUAGUAAUAUAUUAGUUUGUAAUAAUAAAAAAAAUAUAGGAUCGAGAGAAACACCUUUAACGAAUGCUUCUGGUAAAGCGUUAGAAUCAAUUACAAACACAGGUUAUGUUGUACAUCAUUAUGGAAGUACUACUAAUGAUAGUCAUACAAAAUCAAGCAUUACAGAAAAUGCUAAAGCUUAUCCCAUUAUAAGAGAUCAUGAAGAUACUGAUAACAUAUAUCCAGGAGUUACCUUAUUGCCAGCAAAUCGAAAAAUAUCAGAAUUUAGAGAAUCUGAUCAUAAAUAUGAAGAGCAUAUAGAUUUUGGAAACAAACAUAGCACGCUUUUAACAUCAGUAUUUCAUGAAUUUAAGAAUGAAAAUCUUAAGGGUUACUUCGAGGACAUAGUGAGAGAUGUUUCAGUGUCUACUACAGAUAGAAGUAACUACAGUUAUAUAAACAGGUUAGAAGUACAAACAUCUGGAAUACACACACAAUUGGAUUCUGUAAUAUCCAAUAAUGGUUACGGAUUCACAAACAUGGGUAUUACAACUUCUUUUGAAACAAAGUCCAAUAUAUUUUCAAACACCAUUUUUCGUAUUUUUGUCAUAACUGUUUUAGUUACUGGAAUAUUUUUUGUGCUUUUUAUUUAUUUUAAAUUUACGCCGUUCGGAACCUGGAUACGUAGGUGUAUAUUAAGGGAAAAAAGAAUGAACAAUAAUAUUUAUAAAAAACAUAUAAAAAAGCAUCCAAACCGCAUUUCACAUACCAAGAAUAUAAAUCAAAAAAGGAAGAGAGUACAAAUAGCAUAUAAUUCAUAA